AUGGAUUCUGCUAUAGGCUGCGUCGGUGUGCCCUAUAAAAGCCAGAUUCGCCUAUGUUUCUCAGCAGUUCCAUUUAAAAUGACAUUUAAGGUUAUCGUUCUGUCCGCUCAUUUGGUAGAUGUCGGACCAGCCCACUACGACUUCAGCUAUGCAGUAAAACAUGAUUACUCGAGUAACGACUUUGGUCACCAAGAAAAUCGCAACGGAUACACCACUCAAGGAGCUUACUUUGCACUGCUUCCUGACGGCCGUAUGCAGAGGGUAUCGUACAACGUGAACGGCGAUGCUGGAUACGUUGCCCCGUAUGAGGGAGAGGCUGAAUACGCCGCCCCAAGACCUUCCCCUUCCUAUCAGCCUGCUCAUUCUUAUGAUUUAUAUCUCAAAGUCUGA